UAAUAAUUGAUAAUGCCGUGACUCUAAUGAUUUUCAGGAGCGACAUUGGGAAGUGAAUCCGGGAAUCCAUAGUAGACAGCCUUGAAGAUGGUGAAUUCCAGAUCCAGCAACAGCACAUCUCUGGAUGAAAGUCCAGAUGAGGGCAGCUCAGCCUAUCGUGGUUGCAUCUCAAAGAGCAUUAAUGUGACGGGUGUAUUGCACAUCGUUGCUGGAGCUCUGUGUAUUGUAUUUGGUAUUUCUGCCAUCAUUCUCAAAGCCUUUGUCUCAUACCUUGGUAUUCCUAUUUGGGUAGGGUUGCUGAUCUUCAUAGUAACUGGUUCAUUUGGUGUGGCUAAUUACUACAAGCCUGCGAGCAAGAAAAUUAUGAAGUACUACAUGGUGAUGUCCACCGUCUCUUCAGUAUUUUCCUUCUCGUUUUUGAUAGCAUUUUCCAUUUUCUUGCAUAACGAGGGCGGUUAUUGGGAAAGUUUUGUAUGCCAUCCUCUUGCGAGGUCCAUCUGCAACAGUCCAGAAUGGACUCGGUACGUGAUAGAUGCAGUCUUGAUCUUGAUCUUUGUACUAGAGGCUGUCUGCAGCAUGACCUCAGCCUGCCUCAGCUGUUAUAAAAAUUGUGAUUGUUACCGACAUGGCCUGGAAAUGUGCAAGACAUGCAAAAUGUGCAAUUUGGCCCAACUUUGCAGAAAAUGCCAAGAGGAUCCUGGAAAUUCAAAUAUUAUGUAUUAUGCUGUUAACAUGGGAGACAUGCCAAUGAUGACACUACCCAAUGAUAACCAGUCUUCUGGCCCAAUCUACAUUGCAGGUGAGUCGCCUGAAUCCUCUGGUCAGCCAGGUCAAUUUAUGUAUCUUUCUCCGAGCCCCCAACAUCAGAAUUUCAUGGCCCUUCCAGCGGUGUCACCACAGAACCAACAUAUUCCAAAGUUGCCGCCACCCCCGCAGCAACAAGAACAAUCCCAGCAACAGCCACAACCAUCCAAACAACAGCCACAACCACUCGAACAUCAUCAAGUGCAACAGCUACCCGAACAACCUCAAGCCCAGCAACUACCCCAACAACAUCAAGUGCAACAACCACCUCAACAGCAUCAGCAACAGGUACUUUUGAUACCUCAGACAUCAGGUGUUAACCUGCAGCAGAGUGGUGCCCCAUCAGGACAGGCCGGCUUUGUCCAGUUCCAAGCCCCAAGGCAGAUGCAGCCUCUAGCGUUUGCUCCAACCCAGCAACUGCCACAGCUGCAACCAGCUGGAAUGGCACCGCAGGUGAGUGGCUCUCCGCAGGUUGGUUUCUUCCAGGUGCGAGGUCCAGGAGGGCAGGUGCAGAUGGUCCCAGCCCCUUUCAUGUACCCCCAGGUCAUGAUGGCUCCGGCCACUCAGCAACCUACAACUGGUGCAGAACAGGUUCGACAGGAACUCGAUCAGCAGGAACCCAUUCAACAAGAACUGGUUCAGCAGCCAAUAGCACCCUCUAAUUCUGCUGAAGCAAAUGUUGAGGAAUAAAAGGUGGCUCAAUGAGUCAGUUGCCCCAAGGGAAUCAUCAUCAGGGAUGUUAGGAUGUCAGUUUUCCAGCCAAAGCCUGAAUUCAUGCCUAGGCAACUUAAUUUAAGCCAUAGAACACAGAUCCAUGAGGUUGUGUGUGUGUGUCUGUAAAAAUGUGAUUCCAAAAAGUGAUUCCUUCGAGAUGAUUUCCGGGCAUUUAUGUCAAUUUUAAGUGGCAUCUUUAAUUUCAGGUAAAAUUCUCUGUUGAUUAGUGCCUAUUGAAAAGCAGCUGCUUUCAUCAAGUUAACUGAAAUUAUAAGUAAUCAUUUCUAAUAUAGUACUUCAAGAGAUACAUAUACUUUGUAAUUUUGUAUCUAGAGAACAUUUCAGUUCUUUUCUCUAUUAACUCGCAUUGCUUAUUAUCUUCUGUUUUUUAUGGAUCGUAUCUGUAAUUUGGUUAUCUGGGCUACAUGACACAAAGCAUAGCAAUUGAUCGUAGAACAGAUGGGCACGUCAUGGUCUAGUGGUUCUGACUCUCGCCAUUCAAACAGAUGGUUGUAGUUUCGAAUCCUAGCCAUGGCGUGUUU